GCUCCGGAGCCAUCGCGCCUGCCCGGCCGGCGGCGGAGCUCGGCUACAGGGGGAGGGGGGUGGGGGGGCGGCUCGGCGGCGGGUCUGCGGGCCGGGCGGGCCCCAUGGGCGGGUGUGUGGGUUCCCAUCACGACUCCUCGGGCAGCCUUAACGAGAACUCGGACGGCACCGGAGUUGCUCUCGGUCGUAAUCAGCCCUUGAAAAAAGAGAAACCAAAAUGGAAAAGUGAUUACCCCAUGACGGACGGACAGUUGCGCAGCAAGAGAGACGAGUUCUGGGACACAGCGCCAGCUUUCGAAGGUCGCAAGGAGAUUUGGGAUGCCCUCAAGGCUGCUGCACAUGCUUUCGAGAGCAAUGAUCACGAACUGGCACAAGCAAUCAUUGAUGGUGCAAACAUAACACUACCACAUGGUGCUCUUACAGAGUGUUACGAUGAACUGGGCAACCGGUACCAGCUUCCCGUCUACUGCCUCGCCCCACCUAUCAACAUGAUAGAGGAGAAGGGUGAUCUGGAGACUCUGGAUAUUCCUGAUCCCCCACCCAAUUCAGGACACGAAUGCCAGCUCCGUUUGCGCCUGUCCACAGGCAAAGACCUCAAACUCAUGGUCCGCAGCAUGGACACGGUGUACCACAUGAAGAGGCGGCUGCAUGCAGUGGAGGGAGUGGAGCCCGGAAGCCAGCGCUGGUUCUUCUCAGGCAGGCCACUGGCAGACAAAAUGAAACUGGAGGAGCUGAAAAUCCCAAAGGACUACGUGGUGCAAGUCAUCGUGAGCCAGCCCUUAGCAAAUCCCACCCCGGUGGAAAACUGAUUUCUGUUUCUUGUUUAUUGAUUCUUCUAGCCUCCAUCUCUGUCAUGGGGUUUGUUUUCACUGCCCCCUCUUCUUUUGGUUUGUCCUGCUAAUGGCUUAGUUCCAAGAAAUGACCAGCAAAAAUUCCAUCUGUGAUGGAGAGCUGCAAAAACAAAACAUGAAAAUGUAAACUGGCCUUCAGGGUUUGCCUGAUUUCAUAUUUAACACAACAGCAAGCAGCACAGGGCAAGGGCAAAGGAAAGAGCGGGAAGGGAAGAGAGAGGAGGUACAAAGAGGGAGAGAGGAGAUUGUUGUUCACUUAAACAAUACAAAUACGUAGCGAUUCUUCAAACUGUAGGUGGUGUCCUGAUCCAUGGAACCAGAGCAACAGAGAGCACUUCUAUUUAAAAAUCAAAACAAAACCUUCAUCAGUUGAUAACAUUUUGUAUCAGCACCACGUACAGUUCAUGCAAGAAUCUCAGCUGCUCUGGGUAGGUCCUGUGCUGCCUGUUAUCAGGGAUCCUUUCUGGUUUGACCUAGCUCCUGGGCUUUACCCAGGCUCUGCCAAGGCACAGCCAGCCCUGGGCAGUGGAGCUGGCCUGGGGGCUCAAGUUCCUGGUGAUGCUCAGACCAAGCAAUUGUACAUUCCAAGGUGGCAACGCAGUCCUGUGCCAUUGCGGGCUCCUGAGCUGGGAAGACAGCCCACCGGAGCCUUAGGCAAUAACUUAGUCAAUGUAUACUCUCUUGUACUGUACUGUACUGUAAGCUUACUUGCUACCAGACUGACUUAGCCUGAAGCUUACAGGCUCACGGGCACCUGAGCAUGUGCCUGUUGAAUUCCUGUAUAUCACUUGGAUCAUUAAAACAAGCUGUGAACAGGCUAGCUGAGGGGAAUGAUGUGCUGGUCUGUGCUUAAGUGUUAGGUGCAUCACCUUUGUCAAAUGGCAUUGUGGUAGGUUCAGGUUAAAGUGCAGUUACACCCAGAUGCAAUGGAUUGCAGCUUCCCCUGCUCAGUUCCUAGAGGUCACAAAGCCUAGAAGAUGGUGAGGAGGACAUGACAGCAGGUGUUUUUCAGCUUUUUGUGUGAAUGUCUUUUGCAGCAGCAGUCUUCUAGCCUUGGGGACUCUAACCAGGACCACUGGAGGUAUCCUCACCAGCAUGCACCCACAGCCCUGAGCAUAACAGUGGGGUUUCACAGCCAGUGCUUUCCCUUCAGAAUGUAACAGGAGCUCUCUCAGUAAAUCACAAAUUCUUUUGUACUCUCAAAAAUCUGAAUCAGAGCAUAUUUGGGGGUGAGAGAUCCAACUGCUUAUUCCUUCCAAGAUGCUCUCUGUGUUCCUUUGGCUGCUCUGCACCCCUGUCUGGUAAUGCCUUUGGUUGAGAUCAAGCCUUUUGAACACAAUUUCUAGUUUUCUUGGGUUUUGGGUUUUUUUUCAACCAGAUUUGAAAUAACUUCUUCCAAAGUCAAAUAUGCUAUUCAGGUGCGAAUAGCUUGUUUUUGUGGGUUUCUGUCUUCCCUCUCUGAAUCAAUGGUCUGAAGCUACAGUUGUCCCAGCUCUUUCUCAUCUACUAGAGAAACUGGUGGGUUGCAGGGACAAUUUUAAACUAGUUACUUUUGCUUCUUCAUUAAUUCCCUACAACUCAGUUUCUGGGACUCAAAGGGAGUUCUUGCUCCAUGAGCAUCAGGAGAGAGCCAAAAUUGAUCAGUGGUCAGUUGUACAAUAUCAUGAGGCUUUCCUAGCAGUUGGAAGCAGGCACAGAAUUUACAUUGAUGGUUGGAAAACAGAUCCACAUGUGAUACUCAUCUCCAACCCUACUCCAAAUAAAUAGAGCUUUCUUGUUGCUCCCUGUGUUGUACUAAGCCUAUGGUUUUCUGACAGCUCCUUUAGACCCACUUUGGUACAGGUUAACUGAAGUGCAGUGGCAGAGCUGUAUAAAAGAAAAUUAGUUCCCUGUUCUUGUAAACAACAAAGUGACUUGGUUUUCUUCUUUUCUUCUAAAAGAUUAACUCAAAGCUGAUAAAUGCUAAUCUGUAACAAAAGGUUUUUAUUGUAGAAGGUUUCUUUUAAGACAAAUCUGAUUUCCUAUACUGUAUUUUUGCCACCAAGAUCUUUUGCAUUCCACAAGGGAAAAAAGUACUUGGUCUAUAAAUAGCUCAAAGCUCUCUUGGAUUUUUGCUGGCAAAGGAUGGUUUCAUGCCAGAAAGACACUGCUUGUCCAUGAGGCAUAAAUUACAUCUCUGUGUUAAUGGUCUUUAUGAUGUCCUUUCCCUGGAAGCCCUUAUGGAAGGGGGAGAUUGUGAUAAAGGAGGAGCAAACCAGGGUAACAGCUCUGUAACUGUGAACACUACAGUGCAUACAACUAUUUUCCUUUUUUCUUUCUUUUCUUAAGGAUACAAUUUGAUGAUUAUUUUUCUCUUUUUCUAUUUUCAUUCAGAUAAUUGCACUGGCUUUGAGAUUACAGUGUGUAGGGUCAGGGAGAGCUCCUCCUUUCCCUCUCCCCACUCUGAGUUGGAAAAGGUUCAGUUUUAUUAUGCCAUUACAGAUGACUAUGUUUUAUAUUAAUUGCUUUUAUGUUGGGCAGCAAGGUGAGCUGAAGGCCAAAUUGUGAGUGGGCUUUGAGUAGAAAGAGAAUUGGUUCAUUAAAAUACUCUUUUCUCUAACAGCCCCUCCUUUCCCCCUCCUGUCCCUUAAGCACAUAUGUAUAACUGGAAAAAUUCAGUGAUAAAAUACUUUCAUAAUUGAAAGACCUUUCAUCCUCUUCUGUACAAAAUGACAGGUGAGCACGGACCCUGCUGGAGACAGGAAACAAAUUUUACAGGAUUUGGUUUAGGAAAGAUUUCUUAAGUUUCAAAACAGGUAACUUAAUACUGGUAAUGAAGGCAUACAGGCAUACAGCAUGUUGAGUAACAUAUCCCAUGUGUGUAACUAGAGGUUGCAAUUUCCCUUGAGAGAAGAGUGAUUUCCAUUUCUGAAAUGAAUUGUCUUUGUCCUGCAAGAUGGUCUUGGCUAUAAACACCACUGCAGGGGAUUGGGCUGGGGCUCCCGUGGGACUCAAGUGGGUUCCUGGGGCACAGUGGGGCUCCCCACAUGCCCUAGAGAAGGGAGGGAAGGAGGAAGAGGAGACUCAUUUAAUGGACCAGUGGAGUAGGCUUGGCUGGAGUGAGACUGACCAAGUGUUAAACUGCUGCUGAGCUGACAGCCCUGGUGAGGAUUGGUGCCAGUCUGCAUGGUGGGUGCUGCUCACAGCAAGGAUGGGUAGAAGCAUUCUGGUGUGGCCAUCUUUCUUUUGCAGGGAGAGUGUGUUGAGCUUGGGCUCAGUGCUGCUGGCAGCAUGGCCAGGGCUGCCUCUCGGCCUGCCAGUUGGUGUGCUGCCAGCACCAUGGGGUGUCUUGGGCAUAGCUGAAGCAACACAACAGGUUUUUUAACACACAGCCAUGAACUGCAAUGCCAAGCACAGACAAGUGAGGAGUAAUAGGACUUUUUAUUAGGCCCAUCAGCCCUUUGUGUCAUUCCUGAUUAGCUCUGGCUAUGAACUGUUGCCAGUAGAUAACUUUUUUUACCAUGUUAGUGACAGUAAUCACGUCUGUUUGACGUGAUUCAGAUUUUUAUACUCCUUAUUGCUGCAUCUGCCUGACCCAGAAGUAAUAACACAGUGAAAGUCCCCACUCCUCAACAGCUUGAAGGGCAGAGAGACACAAAAACAUGUAGUCUCCUGGGGUGACAGAGCUCCAAGAAAGCCCCAGAUGCUGUAGAUCCAUUGCUUGGUGCACUGCAGAAGGAUGUUCACACUCAUCUUCCACAAUGAAGUGACAGCUGCUCCUUCAGAGCAUCCAGCUCCCAAAAGUUUCACCUUGGCUCUUUGUGCCCCUCAAUUUAUUGGUGCAGAAAACACAGCUUGAAAUAGCUGUGCAGCAAGAACUGGUUUAGUUUUCUGAAAGCCUUUUCUUCUCUGCAUCUGGAAAGUGUUUCUGAAAACUAAAUGAUGUGAGUCACCAGUGUAGUAAGUUGAGUUUUCGAAUAGACACCCCAAUGCUAAAAGUAGUAACAACAGCCACAACAAACAUUUCCCCAGGAGGAGCCAAACAAAACCCAGCUCCUCUUUGCCUUCCACAUAAAGUUCCUAAGUGGCUUUGGGGAGGGGAGAAUGGGGAUUCAUUGGAGCAGCAAGGCAACACAUGGCAAUGUCCAUAACCUUUGGUAAAGCAGAUGGCUGAUUGAUAAGAUAUUGCUGUAGUAUGACAUGCUUCUGCAUAUAUAUCUAUUGUUAGUAAAUAAUGUAAAAACCUUUUAAAAACUAUUAAAAAAAGACUGUUUGUUACAAUGGUGGGAUGCUUUUAGCCAUGGAUUUUUGAAAGCAUUUUUGCUGUGUUAAGUGUUGACAGACUGAAUGCUGUACGUUUCUCCAUUUCUAUCUUCUUCAGAAGCAAAAGUGGUAGCUACAUUUCUGACUCUUGACGUCUACUUUACAAACUCUUUUCUAUGUCACUGUACAGACAUCCAAGACCCUGCACCUUAUGCAGAGAAUGUUUACAUUAAAAAAAUCUGUUGGCUUUUUCACUGCGCUGCUCACUCCUGUUCUGUUGUAUUGUCAGUAGUCUCUGUUAAAGGGGCUGCUUCUCCUUUGCCCUUCGCCAGUUCCCCUGUAAUUCUGGCUCCCUCCUGGAUGAUGACUGCCAGCUCUUGGACAGCUUGUGCUCUCCUGGAGCAGGAUGUAGAGCUGUUGGAGAAAGGUGUUUGAGCAGACUUGCUUUGGAUGGGGGGGAUGAACUCCCUGAGAAGAAAUGUGCUUUAAACCCACUGAAGAUGUUGGUGGUCUGCCUUGCAAGUGAACUGAUCUAGGAAGCCUUGGAGUUAUACUUCCCAGCAACCGUGCGUCUGUCUUCUCCCAAAGAAGAUGAAUGUCGUGCUAUUACAUCCACAGCUACAAACACUUCUGUUGGUUAAUGACUGUAUAUACAAGUCUGCCUGCUUUAAGACUUUACCUUUCAUCAAGUGUUUUUGAUUGAGCUGUUCUUCAAAUGGCUCUCCUCUUCUGUAUUUCAUCCGCUUAGAUACUCUUGUAGCCAUGGGGUGUUGCUCUUGUUCAUAGGAGAUAGAGCUACAGCUCUCCUUCCAGGGGAGGUCCAUGCCACUGAGCCUACAAAAGUCAACUAGUUGGAAAAUGAGAUGUUUUAACCAGCGGGCUUCUUAUAUGGACUUGGAGACUUCUAAGAAACGUGUCCACUGGACUCUCCAUGAAAACAGAUGUUCAUGCCCUCCAAGCAGGACAGCUUGUUGGGUAUUUAUGCUCUUAACUCUGUAUUUGUGUAUUUACAGACAAAGACCAUUUGAUCAGAGCCAUGGGGCAAAUAGAGAGCUUAAAAUCCUGACUCCUGCCUUAAAACUGUUUAGUUUAUCUCGAGCUCCAAAAAUUCUGUACCUGCUUGUUCCCAAGUCCCAUUUUUCCUCUAGGAAAUUUGAAUCCAGUGAAUGGCUGGAGACAGUCUAAGGAAAUUUAAAACCACAUAAAUUUUAGCUGAUGGCUUAUUAAAACAACUAACUGGUCUCUUAUUAGAAACCCUAUCUGUGCCUCUCAAGUCCAGGGAAUGUUGAAAAAGUGGAGGUGGCUUUGGAGCAAUGAUUGAAAUGACUCUUAGCCGGCAACUUGUAAUACACUUUCACAUGCUCUGAGCAAGAGACUUUGGUUUGUGUCCUCUCUGCCUCAUGGUAAUGGCUUUCAAAGAUGGCUGGUACCAUCAAAUUUGUACUUCUUGAAUAAAUAUCUUCAUUUUUAUGGUAAAA